CAGGACCUAGACCGAGCUAAAUAUAGAAUCUGGGGGUGGCUGCGAGGUGCUGCGCGUACAGCAAUUGGUCAUACACCUAUCGAUCGAAAUAAGCGCAUGCGAUAUUUAGUUGUCGGCGUACACCAUUGAGUGCAUCGUUCCGGUAAAGAAAAAUUCAAAAAUGCCAGCCUGCUCCGUCCUGACGUGCAAGUCCACUACGGACGAGCCCAGUGGCUCCUCGGACCGCCUCUGCUUUCAUCCGUUUCCAUCUAACGAGGAGUUGAGAGCCAAAUGGGUGGACAUGACAGGCCGGUACAACUGGCACCCGGCCUUAGACGAUGUGGUCUGCUCGAAGCAUUUUCGGGACAACGAUUAUAUUAUCAAGAGGUCUGGCAACCGAUAUCUCAAGACUACCGCCAUACCUUGCGAGUAUGUGGUGUAUAAGCAUCUAUAUCCUGACGAGGAAGUAUUACCACCAGCGCCCGAAGACAACGAGGUGGAGGUACCCCAACCAGAGACAAGCCGGGCUCCAACACCCGGCCUCCUUUCUUCAGUGCCAUCCAGCCCCAGCCCAUUGUCUCCAGUGCAAAUGUCACCAGGGCUUAACCUGUCACCUUUCCAAGAGGCUGAUACCACUUUUGGGAAUGACUAUGAUAUGGAUCAGAAUGAAAAUGAUAUUGGAUGGGAGCAUUUUGCGAGCCGUCAGUACUUUGCACCGGCAACUCGUCGGUCCAGGAUUUUCAAACGACGCUCAUCUGACAUUGAUUCUUCGAGCUUCGAGGAGCGUUAUCAACGAGAAUUCGGGCCGGCUACGAAUCCUAGCCCUCCAUUGGAGCUGAACCCUCAUAUGCAAGACCUGGCUCCCCCGAUGAACCCCGUGAUCGAUGACAACGUUCCCCUGGAGGAAAUCAAACGUCUCCUGUCCAAGCAUAAAGUUUGCAAAAAGGCAAUCUCCGCAGCACACGCAGAAAUUAGAGAGGCUAGGAAGAUUAAAAUGCAACUUCAAAGCGGAAACAUGAGUGAUUACGAGAAAGCCGAAGCUAUCAUCAUGCUGCAAAAGAAACAGAUUGUUAAACUAACCAUUAAAAAUAGAAGAUUUUCAAAAGUCUUUAAGCAAAUCUCGUCGAUUUUACGAAAAAUAAAGGCACGUAGGUUAAAACGAUGAAGUAAGCUCUUCAAGCGAGAAGUAAAGAGCCGAAGUCUGUAGAUAUAAGUUUCUCAACUACUCACUUCUCCGAUAACACUCACUAUAUCUCGAAAAUACGAGUGUUCGAUGUUUCACUGUCUCUCGGUCUGCUGACCAUACUGUCCUUCUUGUAAUCUGAUAAUAUAAGUGUUCUCAAACA